UUGGCUCUCUCGGGCCGCGGGGGCGGGAACCGUGGGGCUUGGCGCUUCCUGCUGCGGUCCCUUCCGUAUACCCGAAGCCGAAGUCGCCGGGUUUGCUUCGAGAUGGAUGGAGGCGAGGGGGGUUCCGGGCCACUUGGCCCAGCUGAGCGCUCCCAUCGAAGCAGCGUGUCCUCCGUGGGAACCCGAGCAGCUGAUGUGCUGGUGUACCUCAUGGAUGACUCAGUGGUGCCGCUGGCCGUGGAGAACGUGACCUCCAUCACUGCCCAGGAGCUUCACCGCAUCGUCCGCGAGGCCCUGCAGCUCCCCGACAUUGCUGUGGAAGCCUUUGCCCUGUGGCUCAUCUCACCCUUACUUGAGGUGCAGCUGAAACCCAAACACCAGCCGUACAAGGUGUGCCGCCAGUGGCCCGACCUGCUCUUGCGCUUCACGGAUGCCCCAGAGGAGGACAUUGCUGUGGAUGAGCCUUCCCUACAGUUCCGGCGGAAUGUCUUUUUCCCAAAGCGCAAGGAGCUGCAGGUCAACCAUGAGGCCAUCCUGAGGCUGUUGUAUGAAGAAGCCAAAUCCAAUGUGUUGGAGGUGCGCUAUCCCUGUGACGCGGAGGACUGCGAGAAGCUCGGGGCCCUGGUGUGCCGGCUGGAACUGGGGCCUUACCGCCAGGGCCAGCAGACGGCCUGUGCUGUGAAAGAGAAGCUUGGAUCCUUCCUGCCUGCCCAUCUCUGCAAGAGGCCUGCCAGCCUCUUCACAGCCUUCCGCAGCCGGGGACCCCGGCUGGUGCCUGGGGAGCAGGGCCUGUUGAGGGCCUAUCAGGAGGUAAAGGAAGAGGCGGCGGGCGCAGAGGCUGAGCUGCUCAGCCAGCAUUACCAUGCCUACCUGCACAAAUGCCACGAGCUGCCUUAUUACGGGUGCGCCUUCUUUGGUGGUGAGGUCGACAAGCCUGCCCAGGGCUUCCUGCACCGGGGUGGGCGCAAGGCUGUGACUGUGGCCAUCAACCUGGAGGGUGUCCACGUCAUUGACGUCAAGGAGAAGCACGUCCUCCUGGGUCUGCGCUUUCAAGAACUGUCCUGGGAUUACACCUGCUCAGGUGAGGACGACGAGCACAUCCUGUGGCUGGAGUUCGAUGGGGAGAGCGAGGGCACACCUGUCAACAAACUACUGAAGGUCUACUCCAAGCAGGCAGAGCUGAUGAGUGGCCUCAUUGAGUAUUGCAUUGAGCUGAGCCUGGCCAAGGAGGCUGCCCCAACCCAGGAGACAAAAGUCAGCCCCACGGCCAUCCCCGGGCCUCAGCCUCCCUCAGCCUCUCAGCGCCACAAGCUGCGGAGGCAGAGCAGUGUGGUCUGCAGCCGACUACAGCACCUGGCCACCAUUGACUAUGUGGAUGAUGGCAAGGAGAUCAAGCGAGUGAAGCCCAAGCGUACAACUUCCUUCUUCAGUCGCCAGCUGUCCCUGGGCCCGGCAACGUAUUCUGCGGUCCAGCCCACGGAGAGUCUGGAGCAGGGCUGAAGGGGAGAGAACAGAGCCCCCUGCCUGAGCCGAAGCCAGCACCAGAUUGGGGGCACCUGUACUGUCUGUGCCACCCUUGACCGGGGAGACAGCAGAGACGCAUGGACAGAUGCAUGCUCUGCCAAGUUAUUCCUGUUACGUGCUUCCCUCUUGUGUGCAGCUGUGGCCAGGUGAUUGGGGACUUGGCAUUCUCAAACGCCAAAUUAUCAAUACCUUGCAUGACUGUGGGGCCUCGCCAGCUGGCUCGGGUUCAUGCUUGGGCAGCCUAUGGGGCUCCCCCAGUGUCAUCUGCUCACCUGUGCCCUGGAUCUGUGGGCAUCUUCUCCACACCCAGAAAGGAGGGCUUUGUGCCUUCCCCCUCUGCAGAGGGGACCAGCCUUCUCCCCAAAGUGCCUGCUACUGUCUAAACAAGCUGGAUCUGGAAGAAGCAGCCAAAGGGUCCUCCAGUUUGGGAUCAAACCAGCAGAGUGUGGUUCAGACACCCCUCUCUGAGCCCAGUGGGGUUGGCAUCUGCAUCACCCACAUUCCUUCUGCUACACACGUCAUCACACUCCUGGGGCUGCUGAUAAGAAACCAACCUCCAGGCUGCCUGCCAGAGGUCUUGAGCUCUGGCCCUUGCUCACCCUCCCGCUCACCCUCGUUGUAGGCGCUCCCAGCCUACUCCAGGAUGCCCUAGCCUUUCCUCCAGCAUGUUCUGCAUGGCAGCUGUUGUGUGACAGAAGGCUGGCACAAGGGUGGGUUGGCGGCACUCUAGUGGGCAGAUCUGGGCAGGGUUAGGAUUCCUGUUGACCAAAAAACAAGCUCCUUUUCAUCCGAUGGAGGUUCUGCUUUCUGGGAAGAGGCUGAAAUACCAGCAAGCCUGUGCCACCCAUUGUGCUGCCAAGGGCUUCUGGGAACUCCAGCUCCAGCACUUUACUCAGCCUCCCUAAGUGGCACUGGGGCUCCACCAAGCCAAAAGAACUGAGAGCAUUCGGAUUCCCCAGGUUGGCUCAGUGACAUCCCUUAGGUUGGAGAAAACAUCAGUACCAAAGGCCUUCAGGGGCCCUGCUGCCAUGGUUCUAAGCUGGUCAGCAUCCUGCACUCAGUCUGGACAGCUGGAGGACUCCCUGUCACUUAAGGCCAGAAUUCAACUCUCUCCCAAGCACAAUUUGAAUGGAAAUUGUAAUGAAAAAUUGCUUUCUAAUCAGUUUGGUUGAUGUCUCCCUCCACCAGAACCUUUCAACGGGGACUUUUCCCCACUGCAGUCAGAAUUGGGUUUGGGAUUUCUUGCGAGGCUUUCCUGUCACUACUAAUCCCAUAUGGAAAGGAAAUCUGCCCUAGUGGAAAGGGGCAAGUGAGGCCACUGCCAUUUACUUUGUGUUCCCUUCGUGUUGCUGGGAAAGGUGACCUGAGGUAUAUCCUCGACAUAGGCUCGUCAUCAGGGGCUCUCCCAUCAUCCCAAAGGUUUGGCAUUUUGUUGCCUUCUCUGAGCGGCAGCAUGCUUCAAGGAGGUUGAGACUGAGAUGUGCCAGGAGGACCCUGGUGCCCACCCUUGGCACCUGUGGGAGCUCACCUGCUCUAGGCCAUCUGUGGGUGAAAGCUGCCCCUUGGUUCUGAGCGAGUGAGUGAGGGGAUUCUCUUUGGGUCCUUUUUCAGGAAGGGAUGCAGGUCAGUGAUGUACCUGUUACCAAUCCGUGGUUUUUUCUUUAUUCUCUCCCCAUUCUUAGCAACAAGUGCUGUUUCUUUUACUAAUUAUUGUUACUCUUUAAGUGGACACACUAAUUUUUUUGUAUUCUAUAAAUA